UCUGUUUAGGUCAUAUCCGGUUUAUUUUCCGCUGCACGGCUGGCAGAAAAGGAAGCUACAAGAAGCUUAGGACUGUAGCUCGUUACGUCCGUGUGUGCACUGACCCAUUGGUUACAAACUACGACUUAAUUUAACACAAUAAGCAUUUGUAUUCACGAAAAACUUCAAUUAAACUACCAACGAUGGUAGAAAAGCUCGCCUUUUUUCUGGAAUUGAUAGAGCUAGUAGAACCCGGACACGGAGAGGACAGGAUGCCUUUGUAGCCGUAGAAGAUAUGUCCGAUGGUCAUCUGAGUGUUGACCGAACUGCAGUAAAUGUACCAUGACUCAAUAUUGAGUGCACCGUGACUCUCGAUAACGCGCCGAGAGAAGGGUGUAUGUUUUGUUUUUGUGUGCCUUUUGCUACCUCCGAAUUGCGUGAACGAUGAGGAACUGCGAAUACCAGCAGAUCGACCCGCGGACGCUGACCGUGACACCGUCAACGGCGCAGAACCAAACCGAGAAGAAAUCGCAGCCGGUACGGAGGAAAUGGGAAGUUUUCCCUGGAAAAAAUCGGUUCUUUUGCGAUGGACGCAUCAUGUUGGCCAGACAGAGCGGUGUCCUUCCGCUGACACUGGGCCUUAUUGUUGUCACUUGUGGCCUUUUCUUUGCAUUCGAUUGCCCCUUCCUGGUGCACCAUCUGACCGUCUUCAUACCUGUGAUUGCUGCGGUUCUAUUUGUGUUUGUUACCAUCUCACUGCUGUGGACCAGCUUUACAGACCCAGGCAUCUUACCUAGGGCCACUCCAGACGAAGCAGCAGACAUAGAGAAGCAGAUAGAUACCUCAGGAUCCUCUACAUAUCGCCCCCCUCCACGCACCAAGGAGAUCCUCAUCAACCAGCAGGUGGUGAAGCUCAAAUACUGCUUCACUUGUAAAAUGUUCCGCCCUCCUCGAACCUCUCACUGCAGCCUGUGUGACAACUGUGUGGAGCGAUUCGACCACCAUUGCCCCUGGGUGGGGAACUGUGUGGGCAAACGCAAUUAUCGCUUUUUCUACAGCUUCAUCAUCUCCCUGUCAUUUCUAACAUCUUUCAUAUUUGGCUGUGUCAUCACACACAUCACUCUGCGUUCUCAAGCGGGUAAAAGCCUUGUUCAGUCUAUUCAGGAAAGCCCUGCCAGUGUGGUGGAGUUAGUGAUUUGUUUCUUCUCCAUCUGGUCCAUACUGGGCCUCUCAGGCUUCCAUACAUACUUAGUAGCCUCCAAUCUUACAACAAAUGAAGAUAUUAAGGGCUCCUGGUCAGGGAAACGAGGAGCAGAGGACUCUGGGAACCCAUACAGUUACAACAACAUCAUAACGAACUGCUGUGCGACAUUAUGUGGCCCCAUGCCCCCCAGUCUCAUUGACAGACGAGGUUUUGUACCUCCUGAUGAGGCCGUUCCUGCUGCUUCUGCCUCAGAGAUAGAGCUGCCACUCUUCACAGCUAAGAAUGACGCACACAGGUGUACUCAGAGCACAAAGGAUGUGCUGGAGAGGAUGGUCCACUCCUCUGAUAUUCCUGGCUUGUGUCCACAUGGUGCACCAAAGACCACCCCUCUGGGCCUGGAAGUUCCCAGUUUGCCAGCACCUUCCAUGGAGCCAUCACCGUCUGCUCUCUGCUCACAACAGCAUGCUCACCAGCCCGCGCCCCUGCCUUGCACCCAGUUUAGCCGAAGCAGAGAGAAGGACUCAGUGCAGUCCAUCAACCCGGCAUUUCGCUUGGCUUUGCCGUCACCGUCGCUGAGCCGUACCAGCUUGAUUCUGGGCGAUACACCCGACAUUGGCUUCGUUCUGAGACCUUGAUCUUGCUCUCAAAUACAGUUAGAGAACAGUCAGUCAUAGUGGACUUAGUUUCACCACAUCAUAUCACUGGCAUUGAAUUCUGGCAACAUUCUUUUAGCCAUUUUAUGUUUCUGAGAUGUCAUUCUAAUGAACGGUCUGCUGUACCUGGAGUUUUAUGGACGGUGUCCAACAAAGUUGGUUCUUCAGGAUGGAGUUUGAUCUUAGUAACACUUUGAAGCACAAUAUAGAGUUAUUUUUUUAAACACCUUUUUACCCAGACGCCCAACACACAUCUCCACACGCUCCAAAGAACCUGAAGCCAUUGUCCAACAAUUUUGAGUUCCCGUGGUCAUAUUUCGCAAACAGGUCUGGGGAAACUUGGAUGCAAGGCAAACAAAGAAAUCAGACAUUACAAGUUGUGUUCAUGUCUGAGCUCCUUCCACUUGCAUCAACAUUAGCGCAACAUCACAGUCUAGAUCCACGCGUGGCUCUUUGUACAUAUUGUAGAUUGUUUUAUUUUUACACAGUGUCUCAUAAAUCAUGCAAGUUAAACAAUUUUCUUAUUGUGCAGCUUUUCACUUCAAGACACAGACGAGGAGCUAUCCUCCUGAUCACAUUCAGUUUGUGUGUAAUGUGUCACAUUUUGAAAUGUUAUUAAACAUUUACAAAUGUCUCUUGUGAAAGACAAGUAUUUAAAUCAGGCUUGGAAUCAUUGCUUGGAAUAGUGUUUUUUAAAAGUCAUACAGUUGUCUGUUAUUUAUGUGAUUCACAAAGUGGAGUGGAAGUAAGCUUGAGAGUUCAGUUGUCCUUUUGCCUCACGGCAGUGUGUCACCCGUCACAGCAGAGAAUUGUUGCAGGAAAGUUGAGGAGGCCUGUUCGUGUGUGAAGUAACGUUUUCGUUUUAGCUGCUGUGACCUUUCACUACUCUUACAGCAUGAAACCUAACCCCCAACCUUCAAGGCGGAGUACAGUUUCUUGUGAGUUAAGAGUUGCCACAAGGGGGCGGUAUGUGACUAGGAAUUGCACCCUCCUCGGAGGAAAGUAGUAAUGCAAUACAAGGGCCCUGUGGUGUUUUGUUUAUAUGUAUUUAUUUCUUUUUUUUGUAAUUGAAAAUUGUACAUAGGUUGUGAACUGGUGAAAUCCACAUGUCCAUAGCCAGUGGGUCGUUUGUGUCUGCUCUGAGACCCAAAGACCUUUUGUUAGAGACCGUUACAAGCAAAGCUUGUAUGUACGAACAAGUUUGUAGGAUGUGACAGUGAAACUGUAACAUUUGGUCAAUAAAAAAACCCUUUUGCUGA